AUGGUUGUCUACUACCAGAUCGCUGGCCGCAAGGUCGGCUCUCACGUCCUCGCCAUGGCCACCCUCGGCAGUCUCUUCGGCGGCGUCUGGCUCUCCACGCGUGGUGGAGACAAGAAGAAGCAGCAGGGUCCUCCGAUCAACGCCUCCUCCAAGGAUGAGGAACAGUUCAUCCAGGAGUUCUUGAAGAACACCGAGGCGGAGGAGAAGAAGGCUAAGCAAACGAAUGAGCAUAUCGUUGCUGUAUUAUUGAAUGGUCCGCCAGACCAGACCAUGAAGCCACUGCCCUUCCCUUACGCCCUCAACAUCGGCACCGACGUCGUCCACCUCCCCCGCAUCCUCCGCCUCAUAAGCCGGCCUCGUAGGAAAGGGAAUGAGAGCUACCUCGAGAGAUUUACGCGUCGCAUCCUCACCCAGCAGGAGCAGCAUGAUUUCCACGCUCGAUUUUACCGCGACAACAACACCUCUCCUCGCGGGCCCACGAUCACGACGGAAAUGGCGCGCUGGCUGGCCGGCAGAUUUGCCGCCAAGGAGGCAGCACGCAAAGCGGCUCCGGGCGGCGCAGCGUCUGUCGGAUGGAAGAAUGUCCUCGUGAGAACGGAAAACUCGGACUCCGGUUCUGAUGGUAGUAGUAGUGGUCGGCCGGAGGUGGUGUAUCUGGGCGAUGGGGAGGGUGACAGCGUGCGGUUGGGGAAGUUGUCCAUUUCCCACGAUGGCGACUACGUUGUUGCGACUGUUCUUGCGGCUGGUUGA